ACAAAAAUUUAAGUUUUUCGGUGAAACUGAAUUUCACUCAAGGCGUAAAAGAAAUUCACACCAAAGAUGUCCGACUAUGAGAACGUGUCUGCCAUCGACCCAGAGCUGCAGGAUUUCCUGGACCUUGAGAAACAGAAGGCUCAGGUGAAUGCACAGUUGCACGAGUUCAACGAGAUCUGCUGGGAGAAGUGCAUCGGCAGGCCCAGCUCCAAAUUGGACCAUGCCACAGAGGUGUGCCUGAGCAACUGCGUGGACCGCUUCAUCGACACUUCGGUGCUCAUCACCAAGCGCUUUGCCGAGAUUUUAAACAAGCGCGGUGGGAUGAACGACAAUUAGGAAGUUUCUGAUGGCAAAAA